GAACAAGGUAAGAGAAUAUGAUGUGUAAAUGAUGAUAAGUGUCUGCUAUAUGAGUAAUGGAUGGUUUCGGAACAUUUAGGCCUGAAUAAGGCCAACAGGUGAGGAUGAGGAGGAGUGGACCAGGUGAGGAUGAAGAGGAGGAAGCUGUGACCGUCAGAAGGACUGAGUCUGCGGACGCAGAGGAGAUCCAGGCCCUCCUGACCUCCACGGACCAGGCGCUGUUCGGAAGGAUCGAUGUCCUCCAUCUGCUAGAGAAAGCUAAUCUGGCUGUGACUGUGUUCAACGAUCAGAACCAGAUCUUGGCCCAUGCCUCCUUCUGUGACUAUCCUGCAGCAGAACUGGUGGAUCAGGGUCUCUGGGAAUCCUUUCUGCACAACCACUUCAGCUCUGACAGCUGCACGCCGGUGAACACACUCUUCCUCCACCUCUUGGUGUCUCAGGCUGGUGUCUCUUCAUCGUGUGCUAAGCUAAUAAUCAGGACGGUCUUUUCUGCUGUUGCUGAACUGGAUCAUAUCUGCCUGCUUUGCCCAAAUGUGACUGCUUUAGGACCGGACCUGGAUCAGAUCUUUAAGCCUCUGCAGCGUUUGACCGAUCCUGGACCUCCAUGUUCAGCUUUUAUCUGCCACAGAGAAGAUCACGCUCCACGGCUCCGAGUUCGCCCCGCCAGGGUUGAAGACCACGAUGACAUCCUGCUCUUACUGGACCCACAGAACAUGAAGUCCACCUCAGAAACAUCAAAGUUCAUCUUAGACCUCAUCAAGAACCAGAACCAGAAGCAGAAGCGUCACUCUGCUGUGUGUGAGGUGGACGGAGCUGUUGUUGGGUUUGUCAGUGUUCAUACAGACAUUGAUGUGGGAACACUUCAGAACCACUUUGACCUCAGUGAGUUUGAUGAUUUCUACAAAGUGGACCAACAGAACCUUCAACCUGCAUCUCAGUCUUGCCCAGAAGGACCUGAGCGGAACCAGAACCAGUUUCCUUCUCAGGAGGUAACUUCCAACGCUUUCUGCAUCCAGCUCCUCAGAAUGAAGAAGAAAUAUGAAACCAGAUCAGCGGACUGUCUGCCGUAUCUGUUCCAGCUCUUCCCUGACCUGGUCUACUGUCUCUCCAGCUGUCCUGAGUUCCCGUUGUCACAGAACUUUGUCCAGGUUCCAUCACGGUCCAGCAGCUCGCUGUCCACCAGUUUCUGUGUCCUCCACAGGUCCUGGAUCAGGAAGGUGGAGGUGAGGCCGGCUGUUCCUGCAGACCGACUUGCUGUUUCUGAUCUGGUGAAGAAUCUGGACCGGAACCAGUCACUUUUGCAGGACUUGGACUCCUUCUAUAGGACCCGCAGUGACCCGAACUCUGUGCCGCUGCAGGCCUUCGUCACUCAGGUGGACGGUCAGGUUGUUGGGAUCCUCAUCAUCAGAGACGAGCAGGACACGGAGUACCUUCGCGCUCGCUUCAACAUUGAGAACUUCAUCUACUUCAGCCAUCAUCGGUACGACGAGCACGCCCACAUUCUCCACUUCAUCCUGAAAUGCUGCUUCCAGAACCUCAGCAGACACCUGUUCAAGGAGGUCCUGAGGCUGUCCCACAAGUCCUGCCUGUACCACAGAGUCUACCUGCCCCACUACCAACAGACCUCCUGCGUCCACCCUCUGGAUCCGAUCCUGGACUGUGGGGUCCCCGUUGGGCCCCGGCAGCAGAUCAUCUACCCGCUGGAGGAGCUUGGCAUCAACGCCCCAUCCCGACGGCUUACAGAGGACCAGCCCUCACCUGAGGUUCACCAACCUGGUUCUUGUUUCCACUCAUGGUUUCCAUGGUGACUACGACCCUGAGGACGUGGGCUUCCUGUCCACCAGCCACGCCCACAGCAGCCGGGACCUGGCCCAGACCCACCUGCUCUCCUGCGUCAGGGUCCUGACCGGGAAGAUGGUCCAAAUCAGACGCAAGUCCAAAUCCAUCCUGUUGUCCACUGGAGACAAGGUCCCCUACGACCAUCUGAUCCUCUGCACGGGUCUGCAGUACCGAGUCCCGUGUCCAACUGGUGUGGUUGGUACCCAGGUACCAGAUCUGGACCCAGACUGCAGGUACACUGGACCGGUCCCGUCCAACCUGUUCACCCUCAACGACCCUCAGGACUGCAGGAUGGUCCAUCACUGGAUCUGUGACAACUUUGUAGACCGGGACGAAAACGCUGUCAUCUUUGGACACGGCGUUGACGUCUUCUCCAGCGUGGAGACUCUGCUCCGUCUCGGUGUUGGUGGAUCUCGGAUCCACGUGGUGCAGCCUCCAUCAGAACCUGGACCUUCUUGCUUCAGGGACCCGGCUGUAGAGAGAGCUGUGGCUGCAGCCAUGAGGAGCGCAGGGGUCCAGGUCCACCAGAACUGUGUUCUGGCUCAGAUCAACGAAGGACAGCGUGCCGACCCGAUCACAUCUGUGUCCUUCAGCAGGGACCCUGAGCCCGUCCAUCUGCAGUGUGGAGUCUUCAUCAACCUGUCCAAUAAAGGAGUGGACCACCAGGUCUUUGACAGCAUCAGCAGGUCCUCUCUGACCUUUGACUUCAGACUCGUCAUAGACUCCACCUUCAGAACCAGCGACCCGUUUAUUUAUGCAGCCGGACCUCUUACCAAGUUCUCCUGCCGCUACUACUCAGAGGGGCGGAGCCACGCAGACUUCAGCUCCAAGGAAGUGGGCCAGGACCUGGCAGCCGUGCUACUGGCCCACUAUGAUCCGACGCUGGAGACCCUGAAUGAGCCUGAGCCAGACCGCCUGAUCCCACUGUACGACCGGCCCAAGGUUCAAGGUGCAAAGCUUCCAGGAGGGUUUCACUACCUGCAUGUGACCGGACCAGGUGGACCGGACCGGUCUAGUCCUCGUGCUCAGCCUGAUGGAGACAUCGUGACGGGACGAGCAGAGACCGGGGACUACUUCAGUCUGCAUCUGGACCACCAUGAGCUGGUGGAGACCCUCACCUGUCUGUCCCUGAAGCCCAUCCCUGUCCCAAAUUACCUGAGUCUGUACGGCCAGCACCAGAACCUGCUGGGUCAGCUGCAGAACCGCUACCACCAGGGUCUGAUUCCAGACCUGUACAGGUUCUUCAGUCAGAGCUCUCUGCUGGUGGUUUUCCAUGACCGGUUCCCAGACUUCCAGAAGGAACUGAACCAGAUCAGCUGUUCUAAACCCAAGGUCGGUUCUGAUCCAAUAAUCCAGGAGGACGGGCUUCGUCCUCAGGGGAGCAGGAAGGAGGCCGAGGUCCGAGGAGCAGUGAGGAGCAGCGCUGUGAGGUUCCUCACCUACAACCAGAACCUCCUGCCCAUGUUGGGCCCAGCUGGCCGGUUCUAAAGAGUUCUGUUUAAAAUUGUUUAAAUGAAAAAUAAAAGUUUUCAAAGUAAAUUAA